GCUCUCAAGACGAGCCAGAGCCAUGAACAUCAUCAUCUCAGAGUCCUGGACACGGCAACCGUUGCGCAGGUCAAGAAGUGGAGUCGAUUCAAGAAGAUGAAGGAUGCCAACAAGGUCUCCUGUGCCUUCGAUGUGGUCGAGGCUUUUUGGAGCGCAAUGGGUUUGGGUGACGACAUCAACGGCAUGGUGCGCACCUGUCCCCCACCACGCCCUCCGAGGUCAGAGUAUGCCUGCCAAGUGGACUCGGGCGUUUUGAUCUUCUGGCUGGGGAACUUGGCAUCCAAGCUCGCCUCGGCCGUCUCCAACUGCGAAGACACCCUUAGUGUGGGCGGCGGUUGGGGUGGCGUGAAUCCGGGGAAUGACCGUGGGCCUCUCUGUGCUGCAGGUGUUGGCCAGAUGGCCGGGGCCCUUGGCGAGUUGGCUGGGGCCUCGUCGAUGGCGGCCACUGCAUGUGCCAACGUGACCGAUCCAGAUGGUGACGACUUCUUCGAUGACGAAAGGGUCUCCGUUUUCGGGGAUCAGACGCAAGGUGCGAGCUUCUUGGGCCGGCAGCUUCUCAUCGGAGAAGGUGAGGUAGGCAACGGCAUUCAGUGUGCCGUGGACGUAGGCAUGGUGACGACAAACAUCGCAAACAUGGGCCUGGCGAUCAACUCGGCUGUGAACUCCGGGAACUGUCAACAUCAAGCCUUGCCCAAGCGGAGGGCUCUCUGCACAGUGGACGUUGGAAGAGCCGUGUCUUUCUUUGCGCAGAUUGUGACCUUCAUCCAGUUCUCGAUUGUGAACUGUGAGAACCUGAUGAAUGCAAGCGCCCUCUGUGGAGCUGGCAUUUCCGGCAUUGGUGCGGCGGCUGCCAGCAUGGCCCCGGGUGUCGCCUCCAUCGUAGCCGGCUGCAAGCCUCCUCCCCCUCUGCGUGGCACACAGACAUCAACGACGCAAACAGCAACAUCCACCACAAUGUCGGUGACCUCAACGCUGACCAGUGCGACGUCGACGACCUUUACCUCAUCGUCGACAAGGUCUUGGACUUCAACCUCCGUUUCAACAUCCAGCAGCUCGUCUGCCAGCAGCACGGUGAGCAGUAUAUCUUCGACUUCAACAUCUUUAUCCAGCACUGCAACUACAUCCAGCAGUAUCACCACCUCCUCGACCACGAUUUCUUCGACCUCGACUUCAACAGAAACCUCGACAAGCAGUAGUUUAACGAGCUCGAGCUCUUUAACCACGACUGCAACAACCACGAGUGCAACAAACACCACCACCACCUUCACUCAGCAACCCUUCGAUUGUCUCUCAGGAAGCCUCAAGCCGUUGCAGAUGCUCAAUCGACCGGACCCCGUCACUGGCCAGUACUCGGGAUGUCCCGAUGGUUCUGACAUCAAGGUUUUGGACAUCAACACCGGAACCUACACCCCGCUAUGUCGCUUCGAAAACCAGUGCUUCAACGCCUGUGGCAUGAGCCCCACGACCAAUUUCAUCUACUGCAUCGAGAAGGAGGGCAACAACCUCAUGCGGCUCGAUUGCUCGGGGGGCACGGCGUGCUACGUUGGAAAGAUCGGCUCCAGUUACUCUGCCAACUUCAACCCCAUCACGGGGGAUUUUGUCAUGACGAACCAGAGAGAGAUCGUCACCGUACCGAAUGUGGAUGGCCUUGUUUGCUCCAGCACGCCCCUGACCACGAACAUACCAGGCCGCACAGUGGUUGAUCUGGGCCGCACCGACCUCAAUCUGGCUGACAUGAUGGUCACCAACAUCUCAGGUCUUCCUGGUUCCGGGGAGUGGAUGGUCUCUUGCUCGGACAAAAACACCGUAUACCUCCAGAAUCUUCAAGACAAGACCCUCAACUACAACUUGCAGAUGGUAGGAUUUCCCCCGGGUGUCGGCAUCUUGGGACCUUCCGGUGCGCAGUGGCAGUGGAGAGACGACCUCUACUGCGCUUACAACAACCAAAAUCCCCCCACGCAGCCAGGUGGUGUGUGGGACCUCAACUUGGCUUCGAUCGACAUUGUGAACGGCACGAUUGAAGUUGCCAAUGUGAGCGCCUCCGAAAGGACCAGUUCUAAUGAUGGCAUGAACUGCCUUGGAGGGGACAGCCCUUUUCCGCCCAUGUUCUAA